CCACAACAGGAAGGAGUGUUUUCAGAUUUCUCCCAGCCGGCAGACUGCUCCCUAGGUGUUUACUGUGACUUUAUAAUCCACCAAAGACAACCAGGUGGAUUUACAGUUGUAAUAAAGAGCAUAUAACCCUUGUGAUUCUGUAUUUGGAGGACUCUGUGAGCGCUUGUAGUAACUUGGUGAUGUCUGGAAUAUCUGCACAUUGUUAACGAGCCUCACCGGGGAGACCUUCAACACCACCAGGACUAAUGGAGGCUGGAGCAGAAGACUCACCUGACUAUCAGACUGUUUACUCUGCAGUGAAGGUCCUGAGAGGACCAAACCCAGAGCUGAAGAAACUGCUGCACUUUAAGGUCUACAAGAGGAGGUGGUUUGUCCUGCUGGUGUUGUGUCUGCUGAACUGCUCCAACGCAACGUUAUGGCUAACCUUUGCUCCAGUAGCGGACCAGUCCGCCGAGUAUCUGAAGGUCUCUCUGCAGGACAUCAACUGGUUGUCCCUGGUCGCCAUGGUGGUGGCUGUGCCGCUCAGUCUGGGUACCACGUGGAUGCUGGACACCCUCGGGCUACGAAUCACGCUGAUCCUGGGCGCCUGGCUGAACAUGUUUGGAGCUCUGCUGCGGUUUUGCGCGACCCCUGUUGGUGUUUCGGUUACUAUCCAGUACCCCAUGGUGAUGUUUGGUCAGACCCUCGCUGCCCUGGCUCAGCCCCUCAUCAUCUUCACUCCCACAAAGCUGGCCGCACUCUGGUUCCCGGAACACCAGCGCGCCACAGCGAACACCAUCGCCUCUAUGUCCAAUCCCCUGGGCAUCCUCCUGGCGAACAUCAUCUCUCCCAUGAUCGCUCAAACAUCUGCACACAUCCCAACCCUGCUGCUGUGCUAUGCGGUCCCGACGUGCAUCAUCUGUUUCCUAGCAACGCUGGGGAUACGGAGCAGCACCCCACCGACGCCGCCGUCAGCCAGCGCGGAGGCAUCCAGCUCCGAGCCGUUCUUGGAGGGGCUCAAACUGCUAAUGAAGAACAAAGCCUACCUGAUCCUGCUGCUGAGCUUUGGAGCGGGCAUGGGCGUUUUCAGCUGCUUCUCCACGCUGCUGGAGCAGAUCAUGUGCGUGCAGGGCUACACCAAUGACUUUGCUGGUAUUUGUGGCGCUCUUUUCAUCGUGUUUGGCAUCGUGGGCGCUGGUGUUCUGGGUCUGUACGUGGACAGGACGAAGCACUUCAUCGAGGUCACAAAGAUCAACUUGAGCCUGACCGCUCUGGCCUGCAUCGCCUUCUCAGUGGUGUCUCUGUUACGGGAGCAGAAAGCUGCCAUCGCCGCCGUCUGCUCUCUUUUCGGCUUUUUCGGUUAUGCAAUCUACCCGGUGGCCAUGGAGCUGUCUGUGGAGUGCUCCUAUCCCGUCGGAGAGGCCACAUCCGCCGGACUCCUCUUUAUAUCAGGGCAGGUUCAGUCUGUUCUGUACAUAGUCCUGCUUCAGGGUCUGACCACGCGGCUCGCAGACUCUCCGUUGUCAACAUGCGGGAGCACCGUCCUGAGCUGGAGAGUGCCCCUGAUGGUUCUGGCCAGCCUGUUCAGCUUCUUCACCUGCAUCUUCGUCCUCUUCUUCCACACGCGCUACAAACGCCUGGAGGCCGAAGAGGAAGCCAUGUACGGGACCAAACCGUCCAGCGGCUCCACGACCACCGAGCACUCCCUGAGCAUUAACACGUAAAACUCCUCAGAGGCUGCUGAGCGGCAGGCAGAGGGCAUUAUGGGUGUUUUUCUGGAGAUUUGCUCCCAUUGAUUUUUUCUUCUGUGUGAUAUCAGGGCCAAACUUUUCUUGUACCGGUACCUUGCUUUAUGUUGACAGAUGGUUACAGUGGGUCUGUUGCUGCUAACUGUUGGCAUUUUCCAUAACUGAGAAAUAGAGGUACUUAUAAUUGUUAUUUUACACAUACAGAGGUCAUAGGAGGAGUUUGUUGUUGUUGUUGUUUUCUUGCCUUUCUGGCAAAAUAACUUUGUUCUCAAAAUCUCACUGAGCUGGGGAAGUCAACAUUCCUCUACUGAACAUGUUUUCUUUUUAUUUCUCAUGUUGUACUACACUAUCUUAAGUUUUCUCUGACAAAUGUGGAGACCAUGGUUAUUAACUGAAUAUGGCUGCUCUCAGCCAAUGACAGAGGAGUUUGUGUAUCCAUAUUCAUUGUUUGUUGUGACCUCUCACUUAGAGCUGGGCGAUAUCAAAAAAAGAUAUUAUCACAAUUACAUUUUUCAAAUCAGUCGAUAUCGAUGAUUAUCACAAUAUUUAUCCAAUUAUUAUUUUUCAUUUAAAUUUAAAGGCGGAUUGUUGAAGAAACCAGAGGGUCUGUUAGCUCCUACUGUGCUCUUCCUUCACCCACAUCCCUUAUCCGGGUCCAGGUCGCGGGGGCAGCAGUCUCAGCAGGGAAGCCCAGACACUCCUCUCCCCGGCCACUUCCACCAGCUCUUCUGGGAGGAUACCGAGGCGUUCCCAGGCCAGCUGAGAGAUAUAAUCUCGCCAGCGUGUCCUGGGUCUUCUCUGUGGCCUCCUCCCAGGUGUGCUGGCACUCCUUAAAGUAGAGGCAGUUUGAGCCAAGCUUCUCCACGAAGCAGAUCCAACUGCAGAACACCUUACAGUCAAACACCCUCUGCCGCUGUCCCCACAUCCUGAAAGUUAAUUUAUGAAGUGUAACUAACGACUCUGCUUUGAGCUGGUAGGUUUUGAGUUUUUUCAGUGUCGGUGUUGCUCUGAAAACGUCUCCAAACGUCUUUAAGCCCCGCCUACCUCUCACCCUGCAACAUGAUUGGCUGCCGUCUUCUUCUUCUGUCUAUUGGCAACUAGAUUAAGGCACAUUAGCGCGCGCCCCCCCCUUUCCAGUGGUUGGGGUGUGUAAUUACAGGUUUAAAUAUAUCAAAUUUUUAAUGUACAUUUGUUAUAUUGAGAAAAAUGAUAUCACAAUAAUUAUCACUGUCCAUUUAUCGCCCAGCCCUACUCUCACUGACAGUCAUGUGACCCAAAUAACAGCUAGUCUGUUAGCUGCUUUGCAUUCUUCCUUUUCCAGACAUGGUUUUUCUCUCAGGUAGUUUCCUGGUACUGAUAGUUUAUUUUUCACUGACACAAUGUGUGCCAACAGACCGCAUGAAAACCUGAGCACUGAGUAGAAACUACAGAAAAUGUUACAGAGAGAGUUAAAGAGUUCCAGACUGACUGUCUACACUGUGCAAUAGAAAGGUAGACAGACACCUCAAGUUUUCACUCUCAUAAGGAAAACUCGUAGACCUGCCAUUAUCACUGGAUUAGAUUAGACUGAGUUCCUGAAGACGACUUAGUUUAUUACAUUUUCUCAUUCCAGCUCUCUGAACAUGAACUCUUCUGGUGUGGCUUCAUCAGCCCGCUCUAAUUUGAAUAUUUCCCCCUGAAAUUCAACAUUACCAUGGCAUGAAAAUAGUUUACACGUUAGAAAAUAUAUCAAGAAGUCAGCUCUGGUCUUCAGUUCACCGACUGAAUCAGUCAUUUCUGCAGUUUGGAUUUGCAGGGGAGUGUUUUGUACGGCAUGUUUCUCAUCAUAGUGUAAAAAGAAACCCCUUUAUAUUCAGUGUGUUCACUGAAUUGCUCUGAAUCAAACUGAACGAGUAUCAGUGGUUUUAAGUCUCUGAAAAAUCAAGGAUUUCUUGAAACUAGCUGAACGUUAAACCAGACUUUUCUACUUUUUAAGAAACGUUUCUGAGAAUAAAACCGUCUUAAAGAAACCCCUGACGUUUAAUAAACUGUUUGGCUCUUUUGAUAUGCGUCAGUCUUGAAGCCUUACAGAUUGUGAGCUCUGUGCAAUAAAGAGGAUAAAUCCACUGACAGAAGAAACUCUGCCUGAUGCAAAGAUUGUAUAUAUGACGGCAGUGAAUGACACAUUUUUACACCAUGUUUAAGGUGCACUGGAUGCUUGUUUUCUUAUUGAAGCCAACACAUUUUGUAUUUGUAACAUUUUCAUUUAGGACAUUUUACUUGCCAAACCCUUUUCUUUUUUUUUUUACAGAGAGGCCGGAAUAUUUGGUACCUUUGGUUAAUCUCUUAGUCUAAGACUGUUUCUGUCUUCAUGUCCUGAAUUGUCAAUAAACAUCUCAAGUAUUCUGUU